AGAUCUGCAGGCAUUUUCUGGAUCUACGAGCAUUUUGCAAAAAUGAACACAUCGAAGAACAAGGAUCUUAUUUAUGCGAUGAAACCGUUCAAGAUCCUGUCGUGGCCCUUAGGCACUUGGCCUCUUCAGACUUACAACCUAUUCGCUCUUACGCGUUUCGUCUUCGCAAUAAGUGUGAUGUUAGUGGUGCAGGUGAUCCUCAAUUCGGAAAUGUGUUUAAAUCCGACCGACGUCGAGGCGAAUCUCGAUGCAUUGAUGUUCAGCGUCGUUGGUACUUUGGCGCUAUCAAAAGUGUUGAGUUUUCGUUUUUACUCGACGAAACUGAUUUUCAAUUUCGUCUCGGCAGUGAAGGAUUACAACGAGCUUGACGAAGAAAAUAAGCGAAUGAUAAUGCGUCGGCACGCUUACAUGAGCAGGGUAAUGUGCGUUGCCUUGAUAGGAAUCGGCAACGUGUGCGCUUGGAUCCUCACCGCUUUACCGAUAUUGUUAAAGGGCGAUCAGGAAAUCAAUGUUACCGUUGAAGACACGAUAACUUUUCCUCUACCCUCCAAAACGGUUAUAUUGCUAUUGAAUUUGCCAGAAAAUCUGUAUUUGCUUAUUUUUUUCGUUCAGUACUUGAUGAUGGUGAUCAUGGUUACGGGCAACCUUGGUAAUGACUUGAACAGUAGAGUAGCAAAAGAAAUUACUGUGAAGAAAGUAAUCUUGCGAUUGACCAGUAGUGACUUAGUGUUUUUCGGGAUCGUCUUUCACCUGUGUGGUCAAGCGGAGAUACUGAAAAUGCAAUUUACCAGAUUGAUCAAUGAUAGCGGUGAAACUACAGAAAAUUUUCCUUCGUUGAUCAAACGGCACGAUUAUUUACUGCAACUGAGUAAAAUGUUAAACGACGUGAUCAGUUUCGUCUUGGUCAUACAACUGUUAGCCAGUUGUGUACUGAUUUCUACGUGCGGCUUUCAAUUUAUUCUCGCUUUGAAUACUAGGAACAUCAUAAUAGUACUAAAAACGUUAUUUAUACUGCUCACUGUGUUGAUACAGUUGUACUCGUAUAGUUACAUGGGUGAUUACUUGAAGUCGCAAAUGGAUGGUAUCGGAUAUUCUUUGUACAGCUGCAGUUGGUACAGCCUCCCUGCAAAUGUGGCCAAGAACAUUGUUCUGGUUAUAUUGAGAGCCCAAAUUCCGGUUCACUUAACUGCUGGGAAAUUCUUUGUAGUCAAUUUGGAGACUUUCAUGAGUAUUUUAAAAACAUCGAUGUCGUAUCUUUCGAUUCUCCGCGUAAUGAUAACUACGUGACUAUACUUUAUAAAUUUUCGCUCGUCCAGUUUAGAAAUAUCGCUAUUCAAGAAAAUACUUGAUAAGUGAUAUAGAAAUUUAGGGAAUUAAUUCAGCAUAAUAAAGAAACUGUUGGAUACUGCCUAAGAAUAAGUGUGCAUUUCUUUUAACCCCUUUUCGAAUUAUAACAUGUUAAGCUAAUUAUUUAGCGUGUAUCGAUACAAUUCUUUAGAAACGUAUGUGCUUAAUUAUCUUGACAAGGUUCUAACUUACACUUACUUGGUAGAACAAUACUUAAACAAAACAAUGAUGUCAAGAACAUGUUGAUCACACAAGUUUUUGCUUCUAUUUUGAUAAAAACGUAUAUUCUUAUCUGAAAAGUAUGUCGCUUCAAUAAAGAAAUAACAGAAUACCUGAUAGUAAGAUUCAAGUUUCAGAAAUAAGAAAAGUAUAUAAGAAGAUAACAGAUAAGAGGCACAAUGUGGCAAACAUUAUAUUAUUAUAAAUGCAACUCGAAUACGUUCGUAAAAUGGACACGAAAGUAUUUUUCUACCCCGCUCCGUAGAAAUAUUCGUUGGAUCGAACUACUUUGAAAGAUAACGUAUGCUAGCAAUAACAGUAAAAGGGAGGUUAACCCUUUAUCGUGGACAAAUGUAACAAUAACGCAAGAACAGGUUUCUUGAACUUUGUGGUAAAACGCAGCUGACGUAAGAACGAAAGGAUGCUCGAUGACAGGUAAUCGAGCAAUUGCAAAUGAAUAAAAUAUCAGCUCGAAACGUAACAUGCCGCGAUAGGAAGGGAAUAAUAUCAGCAGACAAUCUUUCAUCGAGAACUUUACAAGAUGAAAAACAAGGACCU